CGUGCUGUCUUCGUGCCAAACUGUUGUUGUGAUUUGUCAAGAUGCCUACUGAAGUUCCUCUUCACUUUAGACCAACAUACCCCAAGAUAACACCUGGUUUGGGUGAGACACUAGCUAAUGAGAUGUGUAAGAGGAUAAUGGUACUAGAUGGAGCAAUGGGUACCAUGAUACAAGGACACAACCUCACUGAAGAACAGUUCAGAGGUGAAGAGUUUAAGGAUCAUCCCAAGCCGUUAAGAGGAGACAAUGACCUCCUCUGCCUAACACAACCUGACAUCAUUUAUAAUAUACAUAAACAAUAUUUUGAAGCAGGUGCUGAUUUUUCUGAGACAAACACAUUCAAUGGAACAUCAAUUUCACAAUCAGAUUAUGGACUGGAGCAUUUGGUUUAUUGUAUUAAUAAAUCAGCUGCUGAAAUUGCCAGGCAAGCAGCUGCUGACGUCAGUAAAGCAACAGGUCUACCCAAGUAUGUUGUUGGAGCACUGGGUCCAACCAACAGAACAUUAUCAGUAUCACCCUCAGUGGAGAGACCUGAUUUUAGGAAUAUUACUUUUGAUGAACUGGUUGAUUCAUAUUCAGAGCAGGCCCAGGGUCUCCUUGAUGGUGGGGUUGAUGUCCUUAUGGUGGAGACCAUAUUUGAUACAGCAAACUCUAAGGCAGCCCUUUAUGCCGUUGAGACUCUCUUUGAAUCAAAGUACAAACCAAUACCAGUCUUUGUGUCAGGUACUAUAGUUGAUAAAAGUGGAAGAACACUGUCUGGUCAGACGUCUGAGGCCUUUCUGUUCAGUGUGACACACUCCAAACCACUUUGUAUUGGUCUUAACUGUGCUUUAGGUGCUACUGAGAUGCGUCCGUUCAUUCAAACUGUCAGUAGAUCAACUGAAGCUUUUGUACUCUGUUACCCUAAUGCUGGUUUGCCCAAUGCUUUGGGUGGAUAUGAUGAAACUCCUGAAGUUAUGGCCAGUCAUUUGAAAUCUUUUGCAGUUGAUGGUCUUGUCAACAUUGUCGGUGGUUGCUGUGGGACCACACCUCUUUUUAUUAAAGCUAUUGCCGAAGCAGUGAAAGGGUUAAAACCAAGGGAACCGCCCACUAAUCUUUAUCAUGACGCACUCAUACUGUCAGGGUUGGAAGGGGUUAAAAUCAAUUCCACUACUAACUUCGUUAACAUUGGUGAAAGGUGCAAUGUUGCUGGGUCAAGACGUUUCGCUCGUUUGAUAAUUGCCGGAAAAUUUGAGGAGGCACUCGCCGUUGCUAAGCAACAGGUUGAGAUGGGUGCCCAGGUCCUUGACUUGAAUAUGGACGAGGGUAUGCUGGACGGAGUGAAGGCCAUGGCAAGAUUCUGUAACUACAUAUCAACUGAACCUGACAUUGCUAAACUCCCCCUCUGCAUUGACUCCAGUAAUUUCUCGGUGGUUCUUGCUGGCCUAAAGUGUUCCCAGGGUAAGUGUAUCGUGAACUCCAUUAGUCUCAAAGAAGGGGAGGAGGACUUCAUUGAGAAGGCAAAGAUUAUCAAGAAGUUUGGAGGAGCAGCUGUCGUGAUGGCCUUUGAUGAAGUCGGACAAGCUACUACAACAGAGAACAAAGUCUCCAUCUGUACAAGGUCUUACAAUAUUCUGGUUGAUGUUGUUGGGUUCAAUCCAAAUGACAUCAUCUUUGAUCCAAACAUCCUCACCAUAGCAACGGGAAUGGAGGAGCAUAACAACUAUGGGAUAUCGUUUAUUGAGGCAACGAGAUUAAUUAAACAAACAUUACCUGGUGCUAGGAUCAGUGGUGGCUUGUCUAAUUUAUCGUUUUCAUUUCGUGGGAAGGAGGUCAUUAGGGAGGCAAUGCACAGUGUCUUUCUCUACCAUGCAAUACAAGCUGGUAUGGACAUGGGUAUUGUUAAUGCCGGUAACCUCCCACUUUAUGAUGACAUUAAAAAAGAUUUAUUGAAUUUAUGUGAAGACCUGCUCUGGAAUAGAGACCCAAAUACGACUGAGAAACUCCUCGAAUAUGCUCAGUCGCUGGGUGAAGGUGCUAAGAAGCAGGUGGCAACUGAUGAAUGGAGGAAUGCCACUGUUGAAGAAAGACUGGAAUAUUCACUAGUUAAAGGUAUUGAUAAGUUUGUGGUAUCAGAUACUGAAGAGGCUCGUUCUAAUUUCGAUAAGUAUCCACGCCCACUUCAUAUAAUUGAAGGGCCACUGAUGUCUGGUAUGAGUAUUGUUGGCGAUCUCUUUGGAUCAGGAAAAAUGUUUCUUCCACAAGUGAUCAAAUCUGCUCGUGUCAUGAAGAAAGCCGUCGGGUACCUGAUUCCUUUUAUGGAAGAGGAGAAGGAGAAAGCAGCAAAGGAAGAAGGAACUGUCAUCUCUGAAGAUGAAAACGAUAGAUUCUCGGGUACUGUUGUUAUAGCGACUGUCAAAGGUGAUGUACAUGAUAUAGGGAAGAAUAUUGUAGGUGUGGUCCUCGGCUGCAAUAACUUCAGAGUUAUUGAUUUGGGAGUAAUGACACCUUGUGAGAAGAUAAUAGAGACAGCAAGAAAAAAUAAAGCAGAUAUUAUUGGUCUCUCUGGUUUAAUUACUCCGUCGUUGGAUGAGAUGAUUUACGUUGCCAAGGAGAUGGAGAGGGAGGGCCUAAAGAUACCGCUACUGAUAGGAGGAGCUACUACCACAAAGACUCAUACAGCUGUCAAGAUUGCGCCAUGCUACAGUCAGCCCACUAUACAUGUUGUUGCUCUGAAUGUGAACUGCUAUAAACCUGGUAAGGAUAUUAAUGGGGACUUUAAUAAUUUUAAUACUAUAUUGUUCUCUUGUCUCUCCUUUUCAGUAAAACCCAGGCAGUUGGGUAUUACAGUGUUCCAGGAUUACGACUUGAACCGUUUGGUAUCUUACAUUGACUGGAAACCUUUCUUUGACGUCUGGCAGCUGAAGGGGAAGUACCCAAACAGAGGGUACCCUAAAAUAUUCAAUGACAAGGACGUGGGUGCUGAAGCUAAGCGUAUAUACAUUGAUGAUGCUCAGGUUUUAUUGAAUUGUAUCAUUAAAGAGAAACUGUUAAUAGCUAGAGGAGUAGUGGGUAUAUUUAAAGCUGUGAGAGAUGGAGAUGACAUCAAGAUACUGUCAGAAGAGAAUACAUAACAAACCAAACAGGGCGUCAACUGUAGAUGUUGCAGCAAAGAGAUCUGCCACGCCCUAAACUAAUCAAUAAAUCACACCUAUGGAUAGCUAGAGAAGAUUAUGAAUGCUAAUAGGAGCAGAACCGAGAGAUAAAUCAAAGACUAAAGGCCUGAGUUCAAUUGAUCUCAAAUCAUUGAAAUCAGAUCAGAAGCUGGUUCAGCACUACAAUCAACAAUGCAAUUUCAUCAUACUGUGAACGAUUCUUAGUGAAUGCUGCAUACACUUCACCACCAACAGCCCAGUCUGGAUCAGGGUCAACCAGUAAUGAUCUCACUGUACUUAGAACUACAAUGUAUGAGUAUACAGUAAGUAAUGGAGGCUGGUAUCAUUGGAUAAUGAUUGUUGUACUUUUUGAUAUUGUUAUUGCUGGACUCCACCCAUCAUUGAGUAUAUCUAAACUAAUCCAACCAUCAGAAUCAACAUUCACAUGAUA